UUCUCCAGUUUGUGAGUCACCCAUCCGGCAGUUAUGGAAUUUGAUUUUAUUGUGAUUGCACCUCUCCUACUCUCUCAUUGCAGUUUCUGCUUUGUCUUUGGAUGUGGGGUACCUUUUUUCCUGAGUUCCAGUGUCUUCCUGUCAAUGAUCGUUCAGUAGUUCCACAUUCAGCAGAACCACUUAUGGACCCUGCACUGGGCUCUGUGACCUUUGAGGACGUGGCUGUAUACUUUUCCCAGGAAGAAUGGAGGCUUCUUGAUGAGGCCCAGAGAUUCCUGUACCACGAUGUCAUGCUGGAGACCUUUGCACUUGCUGCGUCAUUGGGACUUUCAUCUUCUAGGUACCAUGUUGUCCAGCUGGAGCUGAGAGGAGAACCCUGGGUACAUGACAGAGUGGACAUGACUCCAGACAGAGCAAGAGGGGCUCAAAUAUGGCCUGACCCUGGGUGUUGGUAUGUAGCAGAGAACAAGCAGACACCUUCUGAGCAGAAUGUUUCUGUAGAAGUGCCACAAAUAAAUACUUCAGAGGCAGACCUGUCCACCCUGAAGUCCUAUCCCUGGGAGACGUGCUGCCUGUACUUAGAAGGUGGUUUGCAUCUAGCUGAGGACCUUGGCACAAACCCUGGCCAGAAACUCUGUGGGGCAGGUGUGCAGUUUCACCAGCACACUGGAGAGGAACUCUUUAGAAGAGACGUGGGUAAGACCUUUAUGAAGAGCCACACCGUCCAUGCAUUCAAGAAGUCUUUCACAUUCCAGGAGUCUGGGAAGGAUUUCCCUUGUAGCUCUGGCCUUCUCCAGCACCAGAUCACUCCACAAAAGGACACCGAGUUUGUAGAGGCCUUUCACAAUGGAGAAAAGCGUUACAAGUGCAGUGAAUGUGGGAAAGCCUUCUGCCGUAAAUACAGGCUUGCUCAGCACCAGAGAGUCCACACUGGAGAAAGACCUUAUGAAUGCAGUGAAUGUGGGAAAGUCUUUAGAUGCAACUCCAACCUUGUUAUACAUAGAAGAAUUCACACUGGGGAAAGGCCUUAUGAGUGUAGAGAAUGUGGGAAGUUCUUUAGACAAAACGCCCAACUUAUUGUGCACCAGAGAAUUCACACUGGAGCCAAGCCUUACGAGUGCAGUGAAUGUGGGAAAACCUUCAUUACUAAAAGCAAACUUAUUCAGCACCAGAGAGUCCACACUGGAGAGAGACCUUAUGAAUGUGGAGAAUGCAGAAAAGCCUUCACCUAUAAACGCAUGCUUGUUCAGCAUCAGAGAGUCCACACUGGAGAGAGGCCUUAUGAGUGCAGUGAAUGUGGGAAAGUCUUUAGGUACAUCGCCAGCCUCAUUAAACAUAGAAGAAUUCACACUGGGGAAAGGCCUUAUGAGUGUAGUGAAUGUGGGAAGUCCUUUAGGCAAAGGGCCCACCUUCAGGUCCACCAGAGAAUUCACACUGGAGCAAAGACUUACAAGUGCAGUGAAUGUGGGAAAUGUUUUAGCCAAAACUCUAUUCUCACUACGCACCAGAGAGUUCACACUGGCGAAAGGCCUUAUAAGUGCAGUGAAUGUGGAAAGUGUUUUAGCCAAAGCUCUACUCUUAUUAAGCACCAGAGUUCACAUUGGAGAAAAACCAUAUGAGGAGAAUUCUGAAUGAGGAGAAUUCUUUAGCCAAAGCAUCCAGCUUACUCAACACCGAAAAGCUCACACCCCAUAAAGGCCUCAUCAGUGCAGCAGAUGUGGAAAAGUUUUCUGUCAAAGGUCUGCUCUAACUGAGCACUAGAAACUUCACAGCUCAGAUAGACCCUAUGAGUACAGCAAAUGUAGGAAAGCUUUCAGCCAAAGGUCUUACCUUAUUUGAUACCAGAAAGUUCAUCUAGAGAAGGGCCUUCAAAUGAGAUGAAAGCAGUGAAUGAGCUGUCUCCUUAGUUAAUACAUCAUACUGAAUAGACUCUCUGAGGAAGUCAUCAACUGGAAGUUGAAUGCCAUACAUCUGAACAGCCCUUGUGUGCAGAUUGCCUAUGAGUACUGGUUUCAUAGGAAGCUUUUCAGGAGCUAUACUCUACUUUCUAACCUGUGCAAGCCCCUUUCUGGACUCAAUGUCACUGUAAGUUUUUUACCUCUCCCAAGUGGCAGAUCCCAGUACUGGGCAUCAGUCAUCGCAUUGUGAUCAGGGUAGGUAGACCUUUGGCUAUCCUGUCCCCUGGAGGGAAGCAUGAAUAGCCUGAGCACUUGGGUAUUGUCAUGCUCUUCUGUCAAGGACAGGACCUAAGCAGCUUUGACCACUGUGACCCAAUGUGGGUUCCCUUGGCAGCUUACAGUUUACUUUCCUUGGUGGUAUUUUCUCAUGUCAUGCUCACUAUGGAUGUUUCUAGCUCCAGAUCACCCUGUUUGGGAACUAUCUGCCUCCAUUUGCUCUACUCUGUGAAAAAAUAAAGACUAUAGUUUAAGCCAC